AAUUCAGCACUGAAUCUUCAUCAUGUCUGGACGUGGCAAAGGAGGCAAGGGUCUUGGAAAGGGAGGCGCGAAGCGUCACCGUAAGGUGUUGCGUGAUAACAUCCAGGGCAUCACCAAGCCCGCUAUCCGUCGUCUGGCCCGCCGUGGUGGUGUCAAGCGUAUCUCCGGUCUCAUAUACGAGGAGACCCGUGGUGUCCUCAAGGUAUUCCUGGAGAACGUCAUCCGUGAUGCCGUCACCUACACCGAGCACGCCAAGCGCAAGACCGUCACCGCCAUGGACGUUGUCUACGCUCUGAAGCGCCAGGGCCGCACUCUCUACGGCUUCGGCGGCUAGACUGACCCAACCUGGAUAAACGACCCCCGGCCCUUUUCAGGGCCACCCACAUCCUA